AUGGCCGCUGCCCUCCGACACAGCCGUCGCCUUCUCUCGCCUGGCGAAUCGCUCCUAUACGCCCUAGUCCAUACCAGUCCUGCUGCGCGUCUCACACCCUUUCCACCAGCGCAGCAGCAACACUCUCGAGGACUCAAGAUCAACCGCGCCGCUGCUCGGGCUCUGCCCGCCGACUUCGACAUCAACAAGCUUCUCAAUGCCGCCAAUAAACCUCAAGCGGAAGAAACGUCUAAGCUCGCCGACCAGUUUGUACUCGACGAAGCUAUAGGAACUCGCUGGUGCCAACAACGGGACCCCGGCAGCGGCAAGCUGCAGACUCCUCAGCUCCUUGAUGCGCUGCUCGCAAGCAUCGACCGUUCUACGCAGGCCGUGCAGCUCUUAACUGCCGUGGGCCCUUCUGCGGACACCGCAAUCGUCCGAGUUGUGUCUCGAGCCGAACUUCUAGCGCAGGCGGCUGAGAAGGAGCGCACCAGAAAAGAGCAGGCUAAGGAGAAGCGUGUGGGCAAGACUAAGCAGAUCGAGCUCAACUGGGCCAUCAGCGAGAACGAUCUGGAGUUGAAAUUGAGGCAAAUGGAGAAGUUCCUGGAGAAAGGAAGCAAGGUCGAGGUACUGCUGGCAAACAAGAAGCGACAACGCCGGGCAGACUCGGAGGAGGCGAAUAAGACCUUAGAUCUGGUCAGGAAGAGAAUCGAAGACAUCGACGGGGCCGCAGAGCGAAGCAUGGAAGGAAAAGUUGGUGGCCAGGCAACUUUGCUUGUGGAAAGAGCCUGA